GUAACAAUUUGUGCGCAUGCUGUUUGUGUAUUUUAUAUACAAUUAUAUAUUAUUAUUAUGUAUCAAAGUUCAUUGAUUUUUUUUUGAUUAAAAAUGUAUUUUAUGUGUUAUCUACUAUUUGUUGCACAUCAGUACAUUUAAACUCUAUUUUAUUGUCAUACAUAAUAUAAAUGUAAUAUUAAAUGUUUCUCAUAGAAGUAGUAAUAAUAUUAAAUCAUUUAUGACCUGUGCUGAAAAGUACACCAUAGGUAGUAUUAUUGAUUUUUCUUUCUACCUUGCAAGGUAGCCAUUUGAUACUGCAAAAUUAACAAAUUGUGCACACACUUAAGAUAAAAGUUGUAUUAUUGAAGUUUGGAUAAUAUGUAACAUUAUUAUAUUAAUUUGAUUGCACCCUGAGUAGAGUAUACAUACAAUUUUUUUUUGGAAAUUUCACACGCUCACAACAUUACUUAAAUCCAAAAUGAAGAAAAUGUUGAAAUUGGUGAAAGGAGGAAAGAAAGAGGAUAAAUGUAGCUCUGGUACACCGUCGGGAGAUGAACUCGACAAUGAUGAAUUGGAGAAUGCAAUGUACUGCUAUAAAAUUGACCCGGAAAAUGAAAACAAAAUGAGCCGAUUACACAGGGCUUCAUGGCAUGGCAGCAUAGAAAAAGUGAAAACGUUAUUACAAAAGAAGUUGACUGACGUGAACACUGUGGAUAAUUUUGGCAGGACGCCAUUGCAUUUGGCAAUGGCCAAAGGUUACUAUAACAUAGCUUGGGUGCUGCUGAAUAACAAUGCUAGCUUAGAUAUUGUUGAUUUUGAUGGGUAUACACCGUUCUUGAAGGUAUCACUCUUUAAAUAUGGUGGUAGUUUGUAGUAUUUACUUAAAAAAUAUGACUUUGAAGAAGCUCAUAAUUUGGUGGAGGUAAUAAAUAUAAUAUACUUUUAAUGUAUAGCUAUUAAAUUACAUGUUAAUUUAUUACACACUAACACAACUAACAUAAGUAUUUAUCUGUUUAUUUGCACCUUGAAAUAUAAUAAUGUGCAAAAAAAUAACGCUUUAUAAUAUUAGAUUCUUCAAAGUCAUUUAUUAAAUAUUAAUGAUUUAUAAAAGUAACUGCAAAUAAUAAUAAUUUAUAAAAUAAAACUGUAUAGUUAACAUUUAGCAUUUGGUCUAUAAAUUAACAUAAUGUUGUUUGUGUACAAUAACUAAAUGCACGUAUAGGCUGUAGAAUGCGGCCAAAAAGAAUGUGUUCAAUUAAUGUUGGAGAGAGGUGCGGAUAUAAAAUGCACGGAUGCAAAUAAAAAUUCCGCUUUACACUUAGCUGCAAAACAAGGCUCAUUUACCUUAAUUUCUAUGUUACUUAAAAAGGGAAUUAAUAUAAAUGCACAAAAUGCUGUGAGUAUAUAUUAUAUCACUGCUUUUUUUUUUUUUUUUUGCACUAAAAUUGUUUCUCAAAUGACUUAAUGGUAUACUGACCAUAUAAGGUCUCUGUCAGUGACAUACCCAAGAUUUUUCAAUGAGAACGGUUAAACUAUAAAAACUUGACUAAAAGAAAUUGUUUUGCAAAAUGCAUAAUUGUGCAGUUCAAUAAAUUAUUUGAAUAAGUAAUGUAAACACCUAUGAUAGGGUUAUUAUUUUAUUAGUGAUAAUUUGUCAAUUAUUAAUUGGCAAUGGGUUGGGGGGGCUGAAGCCCCCUUAGAUUUUCUCCUGGGUAUGCCACUGGUGUCUGUUGUGUAUAAUUAUAUUUUAUUUAUACUUAUUUAUGCUUUUUCAUCUAUGUGUUACCUAAUGUUUAUUUUUAAAUGGGUGUAAGUUUUGUAAUUAUCCAUUAUCAAUGUUUUAAAAAAAAAGUUUGAAAAGUAUGAUUUAUUUUCAAAUAUGUAUUUUAGAUAGGUGAAUCAGUUUUACAUGUAGCAUGUCUGGCUGAAAAUAGAGAUCUUAUACAGUUUAUAUUAGACAACGGGGCUUUGGUAAAUAUAUCAGAUAAACGAGGACGUACACCAUUGAUGGUGGUUGCAAAACUUGGAAACAUGUCCAUUAUAGAUCUAUUGUUAGAAAGAGGAAGUCAGCUUGAUUCCUGUGAUAAUAAUGGUAAUUAAAUUAAAAUGCAUAUUACUCCUGCUAGUAUUUUUUAUUUUUAUCUCUUUUUUUUUCUCAACGAAAGAUUGAUAUUAGAUUGGAUUAAUGGACCUCCUUGGAAUGACCUCCAUUUGUCCUUAUCCAUCAUGACUACUUUGAUUUCCUUGUAAGUGUUUAUUCCUAUAUCUACUAUGAUUUGUUUCAUAAACACAGUUCUUGGUCUACCUCUUCCUGCUUUUCCCUCUUCUAUAAUUGCUACUAAUUCAUUAUUUUUCAUUAUAUACCCGAUCCGUUUUUUCUUCUUUUUCUUAUUGUUUUUGUUCAUUCAUUCUUUUAUAUACUUUUUUGUUUUUGACUUUCUCUGCCCAUAACAUUAUCAGUGUUCUUUUCCAACACCAUGUUUCAAAAGCUUUAAUUCUUUUCGCUUUAAGUAUUGUCCAUGUCUCUGCCCCUUACAAUGCCAUAUUCCGUAAAAAACUCUUCUUAAUAAGAGCCUUCUUGUAGAAAACCUGUUUCAAUUUUUCCCAUUCUUCGAUAGUGACCUGGUUGGUUUCUAUGUUGUUUGUUUCCUAUAAUAUCUUAUUUACUUUCUCAUUGGAAUUAUUCUUAUUUUUUCACCUUUAAAUUCUCUAUACACCAUUUUAUUUUCAUAUUUCCUCUAGUUAUUUUUUUUGUUAGUCUUAAUCCUGUUUCGAUUACUACUAUAUUUUAGUUACUAUGCCCACCACCGGAUAACUUUUAUAUUUUAUACCUAUUCUUUACUAAAAUAUAAUCUAUUUGAUAUCUUUUUAUUCUUCUUGACAUGGUCAAUUGUAUAUCGUCUUUCUUUUGGCUGUUUAAACAUUGUAUUCAUAAUAUUUAGAUUUUUUUCUUUACAGAACUUAAAUAGCUUAGAUUUUCUUCAGUUUCUUUUUCCUAGACCACAUUCUCCUGUUACUCCAUGUGUUCCUGUCUCUCAUGCCUUCCAGUCUCCUAACAUAAUUAGGUUUAUUUUUUCAUUACUAUCACCUCACUUAUCUGUUUGUAGAUUUUUUCUAUUUCCUCAUUAUUAUGGGCAGAAAUUGGCAUGUAUAGUUGUAGAAUAAAAGUAUCAACAGGGUUUGUAUUUAGUUUAAUGGUAGUUAUUCAGUCACUAUAUUGAAUAACAUCAACAAAUUUUCUUCCUAUUUCUUUGUUCAUGAUGAAACCAACUUCAGUUACUCUUUGAUCAUCCCAGUUAAAAAUAAUUCUGUAGUCGAUGAGAAAUCUCAUGUCCCGCCACUGUACAUCAUUUAUUCCUAUUAUAUUUAUAUUAGGACAUUCAAUUUCUAAUUUGAGAUUUUUUAAUUUACCGUAAAUUUCUAAGGACCUUACAUUUCUCAUUGAUAAUUCUCUUGUGUUUUCUUCCAUUUAGACUUCAACUUUGAUGAAAAUUUAGUAUAGUUAGUUCCCUCCUGGAGAUUUGAGUGGGAGAUUAUUUUACCUCUGCAAUUUUUUAAUUUGACUGUAUCUAUUAUGUCACUAUCCUCAGGACUUAGUAAUGCAGUAGUUUCCCUACUUUUUGCAUUGCAGCUGGCGAGCCAGUACUUAAGUUCCUAAAGCUGCCAUCACCAAACCCUUCCAUUAUCGUCAUAUCUGCUGCAGAGAUUACCAAUGGGUCAUUAAUAGUGGUUACUAAUGCUCUCCACUAUCUCCUUUUAGUUGCCUUUUAUGAUAAGCAGGAGUUUCUGUAGUCCUAUUCUAAUCCCAGUACACAGGAGAACUAUUUAUACUUCUUAAUAUGGGCAAUUUUUUUCUAGGUUUAUCUGUAAAAGACUAUGCAGCUAAAGAAGGUCAUUCAAAAGUAGUAAAUCAACUAUCUAUGCAAAAAAUGAGUAUGAUGGCCAGAUCUAGAUCCCAAGAAAAUGUUUUGAAUGAAUCAAAACAGAUUGAUGAAAUUCACACUAAAGAAAACAAUACAAUUUUAAAUGAUCAAAAAACUGCCAAUGCUCAAAUUAUAAUAUGUAAAAAACAAGACGAAAAAAUUAUAUCAAAUAUUGAAGAUCAAAAUAAUCAAAAUGAAAAAGAAAUUGUGUCUACUAAUUCUACCAUUACAAAAGAGUUAGACAUAAAAGAAAAAGUAGAGAUAAAAGAAGAAGUAGACAUAAAAGAAGAAGUAGAGAUAAAAGAAAAAGUAGAGAUAAAAGAAGAAGUAGACAUAAAAGAAAAAGUAGACAUAAAAGAAAAAGUAGACAUAAAAGAAAAAGUAGACAUAAAAGAAGAAGUAGACAUAAAAGAAGAAGUAGACAUGAAAGAAAAAGUAGACAUAAAAGAAGAAGUAGACAUAAAAGAAGAAGUAGACAUGAAAGAAAAAGUAGACAUAAAAGAAACAGUAGUUAUUACUAAGAUACCAAAUGAAAUGGAAAAUGUAACUUUAGACUCUAAAACUAUUAAUACUAAUAAAGUAAAUAGUGAAAUAAUACAAAAUGACAAUAAUAAAUCUGCAAAAGAAAACAAAAUUUUGAAUUCUCCAUUGGACAAUGACAAAGAAGUGAAUAAUACCUCAAUAGAACUAAAUAAUGAAAUAACCGAGAAAAAUAAAUUAAUUGCAGAAGAUAAAAAUACAUCUGUUGUACUGAUCAAAGAUGAAGAGUCUGUUUCUCAAUGUACAAUGCCUCCAUCCAUGGACCCCCCUAGAAGUUGGGAGUUAAUAGUGGCGGAGAUUAUGCAAACUUCAGAUAAUGAAUUAGUUGAAAAAGAAACACAAGAGAGUAUAAAACUAAUUCCUGAUCCAAUUGUAAGUUCAGUAAAUACAGACGAUUCAGAUUUAGAAUGGGGAAGUGAUGAAAGUCUCCCACCAGAUCCUCAUCAAAAUUAUCUCAUCUUAGAUGAUAAAAAAGAAGAAAAAAAAAGUAAUAAAUUUUAUAAUUUUAUUACUUCUAAAUUAAUGAAGAAAAAUAAAAAUAGGGUUUCUGCGUCUGCAGAUAGCAUUGUAGAUGGAACUACUACAACUACUACUAAUAAACAUGCGAGAAAUAAGUCUUUCUCUUUGUUAAGCACUUUAAAACUAACCAUGCCAUCAGACGUAAACAAAGCGUUAUAUCAGCUUAGCCCUGAGAUGAAUUUUGCACAUUCUUCAUUUAAUAAAAGCAAAUCUUUUAAUGAACGCAUACCAAUUGAAUCUAACGAUAAAAAUUGUUUAGAAUUUGAACGUUCUAAAUCGCUUAGUUUGGAACUAAAACAACAUUUUGAUACAUCUGAGAACCAGCAGAGAGAUUCGGACAGUCAAAGUGAUGAUUCAAGUCUACGUUCAAAAAGAAGUCUAUUAUUAUCUAUGAGAAUGCCUAAAGUACACGAUGAGCAUCACGAUGAUUACCAUUUAGAAGUUAAGGAUAAUGAAACAUCUGAAGACGAAGGUCCUCAUUAUUGGUAUAGUCCAAAUAAAAAGAAUGAUAAAAUUGUACAACAAGAUACUGUAAUUAGAAAUAAUAGCGAUUCAGAAGAUAGCGAGUGAGUUGAUUAGAUAUUUCACAUUUUAGUUUAAAUCAUAGAAAAAUUAAGUUUCAUCUAUUGUUUAAUGAUCAAUAUUAGGAAUAAUUUAAUUUAACAAUAGUUUUUUUAACUAAAUUAAUGUUUAAUUAUUUGGUACUUCAGUAUAUAGACUGACUAUUUGCUUCAAUGCAUGUUUUUAAAUAACAAUUAGUCUAAUUUGUUAAGUUUUUUGGUUUCAUUAAUAAUAGCUUAUAUUCAUUGUUACUAUAGAGCAAUUGAGUUAAAGUAUAAUUAGAAUAUUUAUUUUAGUAUUAAGAAAUUUGUAGUUAAAUAUUUAACUUCAAUGUAUGUCGAGUAUUCAAUUUUGUUGUUAAAAAUAAAUUUGGUCUGCUACUAUCACAGAACUUUAGAAACAUAUGAAAAGGAUAAUUUAAUUUUUGCUUGUUUUGUCACUUUGUCUUUAUAAACACAAUCCUACAUGUAUUUUAAAUUUUUUUUCAAAUUAAAAUUUGAUACUUAAUUUAAUUUUAAUGACUUUUUUUCUUUUUAAAAAGUUUAUUAAAUUUACAUGAACUAAAUUGUAAUUUUAGAUCUGAAGAAAUUGGCCCACUAAAGUCCAAGUCCACAACGGGUAAAUAUCAAUUCAUAAUUAUUGGUUUUCAUUUUUUUAAAUUUUGUUUAUUUAUAAUAUUAAAUUAAAUUAUUCUGCAGUAUAUUGUUACAUACUAUUAGUAUGUGAUAGAUUUUACAUGUUGGUCUAAUGUAAUUUGACAGAACGAACUUCAAAAGAAGAUAAUAUUUCGGAUAAUUCUGAUACGGAAAAUACAAUAUCAUUUUCUACCAGUCAUGAGGACAUUUAUGGAACACAUAAACGGACUAGAUAUGCAUUAAAAGUAGGACUACAAUAAUUUAAUAAUUGUAAAAAUAAAAUAAAUGAAUACUAUUUUUAUUUGAAAAUUUAAUAAUAUACAUUUUGUUUUAGAGAACUGAAUCUCUAAAGGCAUAUCUCAAAAGGGUUACACUUGAUAAAGAUAGAUUACAACAAGAAUCAGCUGGUUACAAAGAAAUAACAGAGCUUUUAAAAUACAAGCUAGAAAAUCAUAAACAAGAUAUUUCUAGUCAAAAUGAAACGAUUAAACGACUUGAAGAGCAAGUAGAUCAGUUGGAUGUCAAAUAUACAGAAGCUUUAGACAUGAUUCAAACACUUAAACUAUCUUCAACAAAUUUAACUAAAGAAAACCAAUAUCUCAAACAAAUCAAUAACGAUGUAAUUGAACAUAAUACAGUAGUAAUUACACAUUCUUAUAUUAUUUUUUUAUUUACAGCUAAUUGAUAAAAUAAACAAUGAGUGUAGUUCUAAAAAUACAUGCAAACAAAUUGAAACAUCAACUGUAAGUUUUAAUAAUAUUAUAAAGACAAUAGUUUUAAUAUACUAUUUAUAUUAACACAUUCGUGGACAGCCACUGCUAUAGCAGUAUUUUUAAAAGUUGAUGUACAUAAUAUAUCACUACUUCUAUAGCAGUAGAAUAUGUAUCAUUAAAAAAAAAAAACGCAUUGCUGUUAUAGCAGUAUUAUUUUCAAUGAUUUUAAAGAUGAUAUUUUACUGUCCCACUACAAUACUUCAAAACAUUGGGCACUGUAUUAUUUGUAUGUUAUUUUUAGCUUUAUUUUCUCUCUGACUUAAAUUACUCGAAUUACUACUGCUAUGGCAGCAGCAUUUAAAUGCGUAUUUUAAAAUAGUUUUUUUUCCUCUUUAAGAAUUUCAACUGUCCACGAAUGUUUUAACGAUUUUUAAAUCAAACAUAUUAAAAUUCAGAAUGUACUCAAUGUGAUUAAUUUAAGUAGGUACACUUCUUAUCUCAAAAAGUAUUAAUUUCUUUUCAUAAUCUAUUUUAUAGAACAUUUAAGAAACCAGCAGCUUUAAAAUUUUACAUUUAGGUUAUUUUUGGGAGUAAAACCACUAACUACUUUUGAUUUUUGAGGGAGAGUAGUGAAGCUUCAUUUGUAUGGUGACCCAGCGCGUAGUGUUUUAAUAAUGUACUACUACUCUUCCCCAACUUAAACCAAAAUAUCUCGUCAACAGUUUAAUGAAAUUGAAAAUUUCAACAUCAGAAUUUAUUUUAACUAAUAUUCCAUUUAUUUAUGAACAUUUUAAUGUAAGCUAUUUAAAAAUCAAAAGUUGGUAGUGGUUUUUACCCCCGAAAAUAAGGGUAACAAAAAAUAAAAUAUAUGUAAAUUUAUAGAACUGCUUGUUUCUUAAAUUUUCUUUAAAAUAAAUUACGAAAAAAGUUAAUACUUUCUGAGAUAAUGAGUGUACCAAAACAAAUGGAUCACCGUGUACUAUUAUUGACAUUGUGUAUUAGAAGAUCCCAGACUUUUAUAAAUACAACUAUUUUGAAAAUGUUUGCUGUCCAUCCAAUCAUGCAACCAUAUCAUUAACAAUUUGAAAAUGUAUUAUAAACUAUAAGUUGUUAAUGGAAUUUAUGAUUACAAAUUAUGUAUUGAUUUAAUGUGAAGGGUGUAUUUGUUUUCGAUUUUCAAAUUUAUUAAAAAAAAAAAAAAAAUUGUUUAAUUAUUUGUAGUCCAUUAUAAAUUAUUGAAAUUCUAUAGUAUAACCUCUAAUAUAUAAUAUUUAAUUUUAUAGAAACCCGAAGUAUGCACAGGUGACAUUCCCGUUGAUCAAAAUACAAUAUGUAACAAAACUGUAGUGAGUGUAACAUAUUUGUAUACAUAAGAUUAAUAAUUUAAAAAUAUUUUGAAAUAUUGAAAAUAUUAUGAAUAAGUAAAAUAUAAUAUUAUGUUGGAAUUUUAGUUGAAAUUAAAUGAAGUAAUUAUAUGUAUUAUAAUUGAUUUUUUUCAAGUUUAUCUCAUAUGUGUUUUUGAUUAAUGUACUUUUGUUAUAGAUAACGCAGUUACAAGACCAGUUAAAAAUAGAGCAAGAUAAACGAAUGGAACUCGAUGAACGUGUAAAACUUCUGGCUGUAGAAGUUAAUGCGCAUCAGUCAUGUGGUUCAACUCUAGAAUUACUUAGAGAGCUACAAUAUAAAAUUACUAAAGAUUAUGUGCCAAAAAAAGAAGUAUUGAAAUUAAAAACUGAACAAGAAAGAAAAAUUAGUAAAGUGAAGAUGGAAUCUGAACAAAAAUUGGCAGACAAAUUUUGUGACCUUAAUAAAUUGUUAUCUCAACAAGUCAGCAUUAUAAAUGUAUAUAUAGGGUGUAACAGGAAUAUUUAACAUAUGUAAAGAAAUAAUAGAAAUAACUUUAAAAUUUGAAGUAUAGCGAGGAAUAUAUUAUUGUUUUUACAAUGAUGUUUAUUUUUUUUUUUUUUUAUUCUGUGAGUAUAUUUUCUACCAGAAAUCUUCCUCUUUUUGAAAGAAAAUUUUAUUUAAUUGGUACUUGAGAGAGGUAAUUUUGAAUUUUUAAGCAGUUUUCAUGUGAGAAACUUCGGUCAAAAUAGUUUUUUGUUAGCAAUGGUUUAUUGUUGUUGAGUGCAGAUAUAAAUAAAAAUUUCCCUGUUUUUCCUAACUUCCCAACUUUUUACCUAAUCAGGCCCAUUCAUCAUUCAAAGUAUGUCCAUAUUUUUUUUAUUGAAUAUUUUUUAAUUUUUAGAAUUUUUAAAUUAUUUUUACAUCUUGGUACUAUAAUUUAAUUAUUAUUUAGUUAAAUUUUAAUCUUUAGAAAUUCAAAAUAAAAAUUGAAAAAGCUUUUUUGUAAACCUGAUUAAUCUGAUUUAAAUUUUAAAUACAAUUACAUUUUGUAUUUUGAAUUCCUAAAUAUCAAAAUUAAACAAAAAACUAUUUUAGUUAUAGCUACAAGAUGUAAUAAUAAUAAUAAAAAAAUAAUAUUAUGUUAGUCUUGUUACAUUCUAUACAUAAAAGUUAAAAUUGUCUAAAAUAUAAUUUAACAAUCAUCAAAUUUGUAUAGAUGGAUCAACAAGGAAAGUUGGAAGUGCAAAGAGAAAAAAUUGAGAGUCAACUUAAGCAGGAGUUUGAAAACACUAGACAUAGGUUUCAAUUAGAAAUCGCCAAACUUCAAACAACAUUGAAGAGUAAGUUUAACUUAUAGAACUUAACUAAUAUUAAUCUAAAUAUUAUGUUUGUGCAUAGCCAAAGAAAUGGAAGAACAAAUUUUAAGGGAAAGAUGUGAAAUUCUUUCACAAGAAAUUGAAAAAACGCAAGAUAAUAAAUGGAAAUCAUUGGUGGACAAGAGUUAUGGAAUAAAUGAUUUGUAAGUAAAUAUUGUUUAUUUUUUACUGGGAUGAUACCUCAAAUAUUGUAACUAAUAAUAAUUGAUUCUCUGGGAUAUUACAAAUAACUAACAACUAUGUUUUUAUACAUUUUAGACCAAAAAGCACACCUGAAAUGUUCUCCACGCUUUGUAAAACCCCAGAACCAAGUCCCACUUUUGAAAAAACAGAAUUUCCAGAGUGUUCAACAAGUAGAUAUCAAUACAGUGCCCAAACACUUAGAGAUGAGCUGGAUAAAGUUAUUAUACAAAACAAAAAUGGUAAAAUUAUCAAUGAUAUAUUAUUUGUUGAUAAAAAUUCAGUUAUGUCAGUGUUAAUUGGUGUAAAUGAUUAUAUACUAUAUUAUGUUUUUUUAACUUUUGAUAGCUGCUCUUGAAGAUGACCAUAGUGGCUGAUGAAUAAAAAUAGAUAUCAUAAGUUCAUCUAAGCAAACCAUGUUAUUAUUAUUAAAAAUGCAUUUAGUAUAUUAUUGAUAAAUUAAAUCUUUUUAAAAAUUAUACAAUUUGAAUAUUGCAAUUUAGUUUGGAAGUUUUAUCAAACUUUACGUACUCAAAUUUUGUUAAAAAAAAAAAAAGGUUUCUUUGUCAUUUCCAACAUUUUUUUGAUCAUUGAUAUUUUGAUAUUUAACUUAUAUUUUAUAUUUUUCUUUAAAUAAAAAUAAAGGUUUUUGUAUUAAUUAUCAUUAGAGUCCGGAUUACAUACUAAAAACAAGCUAAAUAUGCUCAUGACUUCAAUUGUGAACUGAAAUUGUAUUAAAAUUUAGUUUGAAUUGAUUAUAGUUUUAUCUUACUCUCUGUUUCUUUACUUUUUUAAUUCACAAAAAAAAAUAUUAUUAAGAAAGAAAUAAAGAAUAUACAACUAUUUAUUGUUUAUUACUAUACAUAUUUAUCUUCAAAAUGUCCGUAAAAAUUUUUUCACUAAAAUUACAUUUUAUGUUCUAGGUUUUUGGUGUUUGUUAAAAAAAAAUGUUAACUACAGCUGAUAUUGUUUUUUGUAAAACUUACCAAAAUUUGACAAAAAAUUUAAAUAUACAUUUUAAAAGAAAUGUACUUUUGAAAUUAAAAAAAUGCAAUAUAAUGUUCUUUUAUUUUAAUUCUAUUAUCAUGAAACUUAUGAUAUGCUCAAUGCAAUACUAUAACCAAAAAUAAUAAAAACAUAAUUGAUCAAAAACAAAUAAUCAGUGGCAGGAUUUAUGUAAAAUCUUAAAGGUCGUUUACUAAAGAAAAAGAUGAAAAAAUAAUCAAAUACGCACACAAUAUCCGGACUUUAAUGGUCACAUUUUAUUCUAUUCUGAUUAUACAAAUAUCUAUAACUCUUUCAGUCUUCCAAAUCUAUUAUUGAAAUAUGUUGUACAAUUUAUCAAUAGUAAUCAAAUGGAUCAAACUUCAAUUACAAAUUAAACUAAACAUAUUAUUUGUUAUAAAACACUACUAGAAUCUGAUUAAAUUUCGUAACUUAUUUACUAUUUCAAAUUUGUAUUUGUAUAAGUUAAAUAGCUAAGUGUAGUAUGUAAGUAAGUAGACAUAUUUCUUGGGAAUUUUCGACUCAUUGAUCCAUGUAUGGAUGCAUACACAAAUACAAACUGAGUCAAAAUAUCUAAGUUAUACACUUGUACUUUAUUUAUUGUUAUAUCGGAUUAAUUGUUUCUGUUUAUUUUUAGUAAUUGGACAUGUGCACUUGGUAGAUUGCGAAAAUAGCGUUUAACACUAUUAUAACUACCAUAAUUUUAGAAUAUUUCAUAUUUUUUCUUAAUAAUUGUUGAGUGAAGUAAUAUUUAACUAAUUUAAAA